AUGGAGGGUUUUGCUCAUACCUAGUCCCUGCCUCUCUCUCAAAGAUGGCGCAAACUCCAUUCUCUCUUCUUCUCCUUAGACGUAUUUCUGUUUCUUCAAAUACUAGUAAAAGCCCUAAAAUCCAUUUCAACUCUCUCUACUUCACCACAAAACCCUUUUCCAGUUCUCCACUUCCAACUCCAAACCCCUCCCCUUUAGACUCACAAGCAAAACCCGCUUCACUCUCUGCACGCAUGAGCUUCAUCUUUGAACAAAUUGACCAAAUCGAGAAGCAAAAAGAAAAAAACGACGACACUCUACAACGGAUACGCGCUUGGCGCCAAUCAAAACAGCAACAAAACCAAGAAACUGUAACCACCCAAAAGGUGCGAAACCCAGAAGUUAUUUCUAGUGUGGAAGAAAGCCCGGAAAGGGAUUCUGCUGAAAAGCAACUAUUGGUGAGAAAGGAGGUGAAGGAGGUCGAGUUGGUUCAUCCAUGGCCGGAGUGGAUUGAAUUGAUGGAGAGAUUGGCGAAACAGAAUUACUUUGAUCAUAGGAGAAAAGAUGAGGACAAAAUGGUGAAAGAUUUGGGAUUUGAAGAUGGUGUUGAGGAGAGUGAUGCUGGAAUUGAUUUUAGUGAUUUCAGGACUGUUCAGAAAGCUUGUAUUAAUUUUGGGAAGGACCGGUUUGAUAUCUUGAGGUCCUUGUCGAGACAGGAUAUUCAAACUUUGGUUGGCUAUGGAUGCCCAAGUGCAGACAAGAAGGUGGUUUUUUCUGCAAAGCUAUUGAGGAAGCAUGCCCACCUUGAUGAAGGAGAUGUCUGUAGUACCUGCAGCUUGAGGAGCUCCUGUCAAAUAGCAUAUUUACUUACAAAUAAAGAGGAUGAAGCUCGUACCAUUGAUGUUAUGCGAGUUCUAUUGACUUAUGGUUUUGAUCCUGUGAACGGAUCAGUGGUCAAUAAGUCCCUUCUCAAACAGAAGUCUGUUAAGAAUGUUGUCCGUAAGUUGCUUCAUGAAGUUGUCAAGUUGAGUGCUGUUCCAAUAGAUCCGAAUCUUCCCCCUCCAGUAAUAAAGAAGCCUCCUCCAAAAGUUAAGCAACCUCCUACACCACCAAAAAAACGAGUGGGACGAGAUGAUGUUGAGAUGAAAAAAGGAGAUUGGCUGUGUCCCAAGUGUGAUUUCCUGAACUUUGCAAAGAAUACGGUGUGCCUACAAUGUGAUGCUAAGAGGCCAAAGAGACAGCUGCUUCCAGGAGAAUGGGAAUGCCCCGAGUGCAACUUCUUAAAUUAUAGAAGAAAUAUGGCAUGUUUUCAUUGUGAUUGCAAACGUCCACCAGAUGAAUUUAUUGAUAAUAAAAUACUAGAGAAGCGACGUGAUCCUGAAAUGAGAUCAGAGAAGAUUGCCCGCCGACCAGAGGUUUCAAAUGCCUGGAACUUUGACUUCGAUGAUGAUGAAUCAGAUGGGGCAGAUGUUGCUGCUUUCGAGUAUGCAGAUUCUCCAAGAAGGGGUGAAGACUCUCCUUUAGGUAGUUUGGCUCAUGAAGGAAAUUUUAGAGGUCAUGAGGAUGAUUUCGAUAGAGCUGGCAGGUUCCCAAGGACCAAUGAGAGAGAAUUUUCUGAUGUUGAUAGUAACAGGCCUAGAAUGGGGUUUGAUGAUUUUGAUGAUGACGAAGAUGAUAUUGACAGUUAUGAGAUAGACACUCAGAAUAAUCAUUCACUGAGGAAAGCUUCUCCAAAUGAUUUUUCUGAAGUUGAAGAUAGGGGCUCUGAUAAUUUUUAUGCUCGCCGCAGGGAAAGCUCUCCAUCUUAUAAUGGCCGGUCUAAACCCAUGCGUAGAAAAGCAGGUUUUUCUGGCUCUGAGAAUGAUGAACUGGGUUUUGAUACUGAUGACCAGCUUUCAGUUCAUCCCAACUGGAAAUCCAGUCAUGUUGCUGAUUCUAGACAUAUAAGUAGAGGUAGAGGUCCAACAGGUUCGUCUAAGGGAUUGAGUUUUGGCUCAGAUGAAGAAUUUGAUCUUAAUUCAGAUGCAGAUGAUGAUUUAGAGGAGAAUUUUAGAUCCAGCCAAAAGAAAGGAAACAAACCAGUUUCUGGUAGGCGUUUUCAGAGUAAAAUCAGUUCCGAUACAGAGGAUGAUUCAUUUUCUGGUUCAGAAUCUGACACUGAUGACCGCUGGCGUAGAAACAGACCUGGAGGGAACAAGAUAGAAUCCGGUAGAAGAGGAAAAACUUUUGAAGGUGAUGGCGAUUAUAAAUUUGUUAGAGAUACACAGUUCAGAUCCAAUGGUAAGAUGGGUGACAGAAGGAAGUCUUCCGAAGAUGGUUUUAAUAGAUCUUCUCAGGCGUCCCGUGGUAAUAAUAGAGGACCUCGGCAGGAUAGCAAUGGUAAAUGGGGGAUGAAUGACAGAGGGCGUGAUUCAAGGAAUUUCAGGGGCCCUAAACGAGAAGGAUAUGGAAAUCCACAGCACGGAAGGUCUUACAAAUUUGAUAAGGAUGAUGGUGAAUUUAGAAGAGGGCGUGAUUCAAGGAAUUUCAGGGGCCUAAACGAGAAGGAUAUGAAAUCCACAGCACGGAAGGUCUUACAAAUAUGAUAAGGAUGCUGGUGAUGCUGGUGAAUUUAGAAACAGCAGGCGUGUUAUAGAGAGAUAGAUCUCAGUAUUACAUACUAGUGUUUUUUCCGGGUUGGUUUGGUCAUACAGACCAAUAGCAUUCCACCCGUCUCAGGAACAAGUGUCCGGAGGAUUUAUGUUGUUGAAGCCUCACUCCGGGGUUAUAGAUUGUAGAAGUUGGACACUUUCCUAUGUGGUGGUCUGUAUCAGAUGAAACAGUGGAAUUAUGCCGGUUUCCUGACUGCCACCGUUUUUGCCCUGCGCUGGAUAACAGGUUUGAUGGGCUACUUGGAGAAGGUUCAAGUACUUUAUACAAGCUGCAGAAACGCGUUGUACCCAUCCGUCGGUGGGCUAUUAAAUUUCUUUUUCUUUAGCUCGUUCUUCAUGCAAAGCAAUCAGAUAAAUUUAAAUUUUGUUUGAAGCUCUCAAAUCAUACAGCCUAAUGGAAGAAUCAUUUUGUUUCAAGUAGCAAUGCUUCUAUAAGUGUGUACUCGUGACUAUAAUGGCAAUUACUUGAAAAAUGUUAUUCCGCAAACUAUUUUAAGUUGG